GGGCGCUUCCUUCUGGAGCAGGGUCCUGACUAGGGUCCACUUGGGUGAGGUGAGGCCGGGGUGCCUGCAGCUCUGGCGCUGUGCGCAGGCGCGGGACUGACGGGACCUACCGGGCGGCGGCGGCGGAGCGAGCGAGGGUCGGAGGUAUGGAAGGGGACGAGCAGGGAAUGUAGACGCUUCCUCCCCGACCUACCCUAGCCCGCGCCUGGCCCUCCCCGGCCUGCAGCACCGGCUCAGGUGAUGGGGCGGAGAGCGGAGCGGAGGUGAGGUGAGGUGAGGUGAGGGGGCGGGCUCGCGGCCCGGAGGGACAGCGUGCGAUGUCCAAGACCACGAUCGCCCCACUCGUGCGCACGCGCCACGGGGUCCGCGGACUCGCGGAGGACGCUUGGCAGCGGACCCGGACCCCCGCGCUAGCUGCUCCGGCCCUUCGAGUGCCUCUGCGAGCUCCGCAUCCCGCCUGUUUUACCCGCUGGGAAGCCGCGGCUCAGAGACUCCAAGUCGCCUGGGAGCGCCCGGCUGGGACGCGGCCGCGCCGGAGUUGGAGGGAGAUCGGACUUGGUAGCCUCCGGAGCCCGCACCCUUGUGUCUGAGGCUGUGGUCAGAGACUUGGACUUGAGACCUGUUUGUUUCUCUAGGGACGCGAAAUUGUUUGUGUCCUGGCUGCCUUCUCUGCAGGGCGCGGAGGGUCAGGCGCCCUCGGCGCUCCCUGACCGAACCCAAGUUCAGCGGGGUGGGCUGGCGGGGUUGCGGGUGAGGGGAUCAUCCUCAGUGCUGGGAGCUCUCCAGACCGACCCCAGCAGACAAACUUGGGGGAUGGCAGGAUUCGUAAACGAAAUCCGAAAGCGCGUGGGAAACGCUCCUUUUCCCCCCGGGUCACCUGAGAAAAGCUAAUUAUAAUGGAGCUGGUUUUAUUUUCUUUCUUUCUUUCUUUUUUUGGGUGCACAGAAAAAUUUCUACCAGAGGUUUAAAAAGACCCUUUUUUCCUGAAGGAACACAUUUGCUGCUAUAGUUUCAGAAUGUCAAGUACUGUGGCCUCCUGGAUCUUAAAUUCUGUAAGGAACAGCGUUGCCACAUUUCAAGGGGGCAGACGUUUAUACUCUAGGUGUGUCUCCAAUAGGAAUAAAUCAAAAUGGAAGCUCCCUUCUCAGGUGCUACCCACCCUAAAAAACAGUUCCCCAUGUGGUAGCUUUACUCUUCAAAAGGCAUACAGACACACAUCCACAGAGGAAGAUGAUUUCCAGUUGCAACUCAGCCCCGAGCAGGUUAAUGAAGUGCUUCGAGCUGGUGAGUCAGCACACAAGAUUCUUGACCUUGACAAUGGAGUCCCAAAUUCAGUGUUGCGGUAUGAGAGCAACCAGCUGGCUGCCAAUUCCCCAGUGGAGGACCGGCGAGGUGUAGCCUCCUGCCUACAGACCAGCGGACUGCUGUUUGGCAUCUUUGAUGGACAUGGUGGUCAUGCAUGUGCGCAAGCAGUGAGCGAGAGGCUCUUCUACUACGUGGCAGUGUCCCUGAUGUCUCACCAGACUCUAGAGCAGAUGGAGGGAGCGAUGGAAAGCAUGAAGCCCCUGCUGCCCAUGCUGCAAUGGCUCAAGCACCCAGGGGACAGCAUUUACAAGGAUGUCACAUCAGUACAUCUUGACCACCUCCGUGUCUACUGGCAGGAACUGCUUGACCUACACAUGGAAAUGGGACUAAGCAUUGAGGAAGCAUUAAUGUACUCCUUCCAGAGACUGGAUUCUGACAUCUCGCUGGAAAUUCAGGCCCCCCUGGAAGAUGAGGUGACAAGAAACCUGUCACUCCAGGUUGCCUUCUCUGGAGCAACAGCCUGUAUGGCCCAUGUUGACGGAGUUCACUUGCAUGUGGCAAAUGCUGGUGACUGCCGGGCCAUCCUUGGUGUCCAGGAGGACAAUGGCAUGUGGUCUUGUCUGCCCCUCACCCGUGAUCACAAUGCCUGGAACGAAGCUGAGCUUUCCCGGCUAAAGAGGGAGCACCCCGAAUCAGAGGACAGGACAAUCAUCAUGGACAACAGGCUGCUGGGUGUCCUCAUGCCCUGCAGGGCCUUCGGGGAUGUCCAGCUGAAGUGGAGUAAAGAGCUGCAGCGCAAUGUCCUGGAGAGGGGCUUCGAUACUGAGGCCCUCAACAUUUAUCAAUUCACACCCCCACACUACUAUACUCCCCCGUACCUGACUGCUGAGCCUGAGGUCACGUACCACAGGCUGAGGCCCAAGGAUAAGUUCCUUGUGCUGGCCUCAGAUGGCCUGUGGGACAUGCUGAGCAAUGAGGACGUGGUGAGGCUGGUGGUGGGGCAUCUGGCCGAGCUGGAUCGGCACAAGCCAGACCUGGCCCAGAGACCCACCAACCUGGGGCUCAUGCAGAGCCUGCUGCUGCAGAGGAAAGCCAGCAGGCUCCUCGAAGCUGACCAAAAUGCAGCCACACGUCUGAUCAGACAUGCCAUCGGGAGCAACGAGUAUGGGGAGAUGGAGCCGGAGCGGUUGACAGCGAUGCUGACAUUGCCGGAGGACUUGGCAAGAAUGUACAGGGAUGAUAUCACUGUCACCGUGGUGUAUUUUAACUCAGAAUCAAUUGAUGCAUAUUACAAGGGAGGAUAAGAGUCUCCCAUCCAUCCUAUUGCCAAGGUUAACAUAAAUGCUCUUCUGAAAUAUUUUCACUUUUAAACUAGCUAUCCAAACCUUUCUGUUCAAAGGGCAGGCAGAUGUAGCUUGCUAAACAAUUAACUAACAUGAGGGGCUGGGGAACAGCCUAGGUUUAAAGACAAUAGCAAUGAUUUUUUUCUCCUGGUAUGUUUUGAUCAACUCUUAACACAUACAGAGGGCAGAGCAUAAAGACUAUGGAGUUGGCUUGGGCUUGUAUAGCCCAAGUCCUUUUACAAAGAUACUGUUAAACAUGCCAGCCUGAGCCUUCAAAGGGUAAAUUUAAUCAUGACUCUAAGAAUAAAGAACUUCAGAAUCUACUGAGUUCUUGCUGCAAAAAAUCUGCAAAUUUAAUAAUAAUUUCCCUGAAUUCACAAUCAUGGACUUCUAGACUAUGAAGAGAAUUUUUGUUUUUCCUUUAAAUUGCUAAAGCCUUGGUUUACAAAGCAUACUACAGCACACUUUUCUAUGCAAUAGCCUUUUUGUGAUUAUACUUGGAAAAACAUUUUGUAAUACUACAUUCUAGUUCUCUUCUAGUUUAUCGUAAAAACUGAAUCCUUAAACUUGCAAACAGGCCUACUGUAAGCAUGCUUGGAAUGACUCGUUUUGGUUUUCAGUUAAGAAGGAUCUAUGCCUCUGGACUAGCUGAAUUUAUUAAUGCUUGUGCCACUUUGGUCUCCACUGAGUCCCAGUCCUGAAACUUUGAUCCAUUGCAGGAGGUAACUAAUCUAAGCCUUAACUCCUGGUCAUUCCUGUAUUAGUAAAAUUUCCUCCUGGGCUUAGUUUCGGGGGGCUUAUUCCCAGCAUUUAACCUCUCUGCUGAUACCUCUCAAACAUUCUUUUGUUAAUUCCACCUACCACAAUCCUUCUAUCUCUGUUAUGCUAAACCCCUCACCCAGUUUCUGCAGCCAAACAUCUUAAAAGAAUGUUCCCUCUUCAAAUGUUUGCAGGAAAGGAGAAAACGCAAUCACACGUGGUAGUUUAA